AUGCCUCAUGUUGAAAAUGAAAUUGUGCAAAAAGCAUAUACACCUAAUCCACGUAACAACUCUGCGAUUUUUAAGAUAUUUGAUAACGUUCAGUACAAUGUUGUUCAACACAAAAAAUAUGCAAAGGAAAUGAUUAAACUUUACAGAAAGUUAGAUGAAAACAUAUUCAGAGAAAGCUUUAAGAAUGCCCUUCACUAUUUGUUUACUUUCGGAGACACCAGUACAAAUGUGGAUCGAGUUAUUCAAUUUGUUGCAACAUUUUGCACUUCACUUGAUGAUGAAGAGGAAUUCCUAAUGUUUAUAUUUAACAUUAUAUUUGAAUGUCAAUGUGUGUCUGGACAAUCGGUCAGAUAUAGAGCAAGUCAGCUGCUGGCAGCUGUGCUAGCAGCUCUUGGUGAUGAUGCGUCAUUGGAUGAUGAUCUGUGUGACAAGCUUCUUACUUCACAGCUCCAACGCCUACAAGAUACACGUAGUGCCGUACGAUGCCGUGCUGCAAUGGCAUUGCAAAGACUUCAGAAUCCCAUGGAGUCUGAUGAUGAAGUCACCCGUGCUUAUCUCUUCCACAUGAGUUGUGAUCCUAGCUCAUCUGUUCGAAGAGCAAUACUUAUGUCUAUAGCAAAAUGUGUACGUAAUGUCCCAUUUGUGUUGGAGAGACUAUGUGAUGUUGAUGAUGCAGUCCGCAGAGCGGCAUUUCUGUACAUAUCAGCUAUUGAUGUCAAACUUCUAAGAGUUAAGCAGAGGCUUCAUACUUUGAAGGUUGGCUUAACAGAACGAAACCCGCGCGUACGACGAGUUGUAGAAGAAAUAUUAAUACCAGGAUGGCUGAGUUCUUUUGAAGGAAAUAUUGUAUACUUACUCAAAGCAAUACGUCUUGAUAAUAUAAAUGAUGCUAAAGAUUCCCAAUAUGUUGCCGGAAAGUUAUUGGAGUCUUUAUUUAAACGUUUACCAAUAUCGGAGCUUUUAGAAUGGCUGCCCACGGACAAGAACUUGAGGUUAAUUCCAGCUGAAAAACUUAAUAAGGAAACAGCUUGGUAUUGGCGCCAUCUAGCGGAACAUUUACAGAAGAUUAACGAUGACGAAACAUUGGAAAUGGUCAUUCCUGACUUGGUUGUUUUAAUUGGAUACAUAAGAGCUAUAUUGGAAUCCCCGUGCCCAUCAGCUACGGAAGACCAAGUGGGUUUUAGCACCCGUCAGUAUGUGCUCCAUGAAUUAGCCUGUAUGCUUAAAGUAUAUGAUACCACCGAUCCCAUGGGCAGGACAGCGUUACAGACGCUCAUAACUGAUGCUCUUACUGGUGAUUACGGCUAUCUGGACUGUGUCGUCAUUAGGGCCUUCGUAUCAGCACUAGAGUUGGUUAUAUCGGAUAUAACUCUUCGUUUAGAAGUUAUUUACUCUGCGAUAUCUUCUUUGCGAGAUCCUGAAGUGGAAGUGUCGCUGGUAUCAUUGCCUGUUGAUAGUGAUGAGAUCAAAUUAAAGAGGGCUAGACUAAGAGUCUCUUUAAAUGUUGCAACUGAUGCGCAAGACGAAGCGGUGAGGGAACAAAACUAUGAGCUCGCAGCUGAAUGUAAAGCAAAGGUAUCUGAAAUUCAGCAGAAACUUCAAGAACUUGAUACACAGACAGCCCCACCACCGACGAUGCCAACCAUUCGAGAAAGGAGGUCAGAUAGUGAAACAUUGGAGAAAUGCCUUAUUAUCAUCAAUAGUGCGCUUGACACACCUCAGUUAAAGACUGUCACGCCUAUUUUAAAUACAAUGUUUGAAGAACUAAAGUCUGACAUACUAGAAAACGAAGAUAUAACGGAACAUGCUCUUGAAACAGUAGCAUUGUAUGGAAUGUUGGACAAGGAGUACGUGAACAAUUAUAAGGCGUUCUUCUUUCGUAAUUUAGUCCUAUUAUCGGAAGAGACCAGAGUUGCAACCGCUCUUCGUUGUGUAGUCGAUUUGUUAUGUGUGCACGGGGCUAAAGUCUUUGAAGAUGGAAUGCCCGACCCUAAAGUUACAAAGAAACGAAAUACGCAACAUACACUAGACGAUGACGACGACACAGUAAACGAAUCCGAGAUAUCUCUAUCGUCAAGCCACAGUACAACUAUCGAACUACUUUUAAAACUUAUGGAGAAUCCGUGUCCAUCAUAUCGACUCAUAAUAGUGGAAGGUAUUUGCAGAUUGUUAUAUUUGGGUCAUUUGGAGUCACCAGCUAUACUUAGCAGAUUGAUGAUAUUGUGGUUCAACCCUGCUACUGUCGAAGAAGACAUGUUAAGACAAAUAAUUGGAGUAUUCUUCCAAGCGUUCCCCGUAGGCGUAGACGGGGCUCAGGAACAGAUACAGAAAGCGACGUUGCCGACUCUACGUGCUCUCGCAAAUGCGCCCGCCAGUUCACCCAUUGCAGAAAUAGAUCAAGAGGCAGUUGUGAGAUUUAUUGUCUCGCUUACACGACUUAAUAGUGAGCUUAUAGAUAGCCAAGGCGCAAUGGCAAUGGUGCUAUGCGGUCACUUGGUUCGUCAUCCGAGUGCACCCGAAGCGGGGCUCGCGUGCCGGAUGCUCGCGCUUUUAUCUCCACCACGGGAGACCCAAGUGGCUAUCGAUCUUGCUACCAUGUUGAGGGAAUUGUGUACGAAAUUACCUGACAAACAAUCAUGCCGUAACUUGACAAGAUAUCUCGGUGCUCUGGAAGCGAUAGAAAGGGCUAGUCUUAGUAAAAUGUCUAGUAUAGGUAUCACAGAUAAUGCUCGACCAUCUGAAGAUAGUUUAGGUGUGUUUGGCCGGGCAACUACGUCGUUACCUCAACCAUUAGCGCGUAGCACACAUGUUGUCAUAAACGAAACUGUCGAAGAGGAAGUGGAAAUAGACGAAACGUCACCCACUGAGCCAUCUAAAAUACCUGAAGACCCAGAAACCGAAGUCAAUAAGGACAACGAAGUGGUGUCCUCAGAUCCAAAUUCCGUUCCGGUUUCACAAGAUCUAAGGAGUGACUCGGACAGUGACAUAUCACCAGUUAAGAAACCUAAAAUGACUAAAGGAAAGAAAAAGAAAUUGCCUGUAACGAAGGAAACUACGCCACCAGAAGAGGAACCUACCCAGUCCAAAAAUAAAGUAAACUCAAAGGAGAAGAAAAAGAAAGGUUAUAAGAGGAGUCGGUCAGAAAGAUCUGUAGUUGAUAUUGAUAGAGCAAAUGGGAAAACAGUGGAGAAACAGAAAUCCCAAGAAAAACAGAAGUCCCCAUUAAGUUCGUCGCCAUUCAGCGACUUGGACGCAUCAAAUGUUACCGUUCGUAAAUCUUCUCAAGUUGCACAAUCCAGUACAAGUUCUGACACAGACAGAAGUCAGAAGAAGGACAAAAAGAAGAAUACGCAGAAGAAGAAGAAAGAAGUGGUAGCCCCUCGCCGUUCGACUCGAUCAUCAAUGGGUUCUCGCAACAGUACAGGUAGUCCACAGUUCAUGCACGACUCAUCAGAUGAUACGCAACUCCAUACUAUAAUAUAUGAUAAUGAAAUUCAACAAGAAGUGCUUAAUAUGUCAGAGGAUGAUACGAGUAGACGCGCGUCAAAAUCAAACGUGACUGUGCCAGAGACGCCGGAAAAUAGCCAAUCAUCAGAAUCUGAUCCAGAACCUGUGCCUGCGAAAGGCAAAGGAAAGAAAGGAAAAAAUAAAUAA